GUGUGUGUGUGUGUGUUAGGAGGCGGGAUCCUUAGGUAGCCCGGAGAGAGCUGCUUUUUACAGUUCACAGCAUCGAAUGAGCGCGCUUGCCCGAAGAGGCGGGACUGUGACCCGGUUAGACAUAAAACGAGCAGGGCUGCUGUCUCCAUCGUUUCAGAUUUAGGGGGGGAAACGUCUCCGUCUCCCGUGGAUUAAGCCACGAUGUCUGACUGCAGGAGACAGUGGAACCGGGAGGAUGAGCUACCGGUCUACCUGGCCGGGCCUAUCACCACCGGGCCGAACCAGCGGAAGUCCUACGGGAUGUUCAGCUCGGUGGAAGGGGCGUUUGAGAGCAAGACCAUAGACUUCGACAACUACGCAGUGGGGAGGAAAGGGAGCCGCACCCCGAGGAGCGGGAGCCGGGAAAGGGUCUUGGAUGUCGGUGACACCAUCGGCAAGACGCCCAGCGAGCCCCGGGAGGGGUCACUGACCAGCUCACCCGGAGAGAGGGAUGACGCACGCACCGGUGUUGAAGUCAGAUAUUCAUCGGGGAGGGAAAGCCCUAAUGGAAAGAGUGAGAGGCUGUUGAUCAAAGGAGGGCGGGUGGUCAACGAUGACCAGUCUCUCUAUGCAGAUGUCUACAUCGAGGAUGGGCUCAUUAAGCAGGUGGGGGAGAAUCUGGUUGUUCCGGGGGGUGUCAAGGUGAUCGAGGCCAAUGGCCGUAUGGUGAUACCAGGAGGGAUAGAUGUCAACACCUGCUUUAUGAAGCCCUACCUGGGCACACAGCCUGUGGAUGAUUUCCUGCAGGGCACCAAGGCUGCACUUGCAGGAGGCACCACCAUGAUCAUCGACCAUGUGACCCCCCAGCCCGGAGACAGCCUGCUGGAGGCGUUUGAGCACUGGCAGGAGGCUGCGGAUAAGAAGGCAUGCUGCGACUACUCCCUGCACGUAGACAUCCCCCAGUGGAAUGAGACUGUUAAAGAUGAGCUGGAGCUACUGGUGCAAGAGAAAGGUGUCAACUCCUUCCAAGUGUACAUGGCCUAUAAGGAUCUGUACCAGAUGUCAGAUUCUCUGCUCUAUGAGGCUCUCUCCUUCCUGAAGCAACUUGGUGCUGUUGUGUUAGUUCAUGCUGAAAAUGGAGACCUGAUUGCUCAGGAACAGAGAAAAAUCCUUGGGAUGGGGAUCACUGGACCUGAAGGCCAUCCUCUGAGUCGUCCCGAGGAGCUGGAGGCUGAGGCGGUCUUUCGUGCCAUCACUCUUGGUAACCGUGUGAACUGUCCUGUCUACAUCACCAAGGUGAUGAGCAAGAGUGCUGCUGACACCAUCACCCAGGCCCGGAGGAAAGGUUCCGUAGUUUUUGGGGAGCCCAUUACAGCUAGCCUGGCCACUGAUGGUUCUCACUAUUGGAGCAAGAACUGGGCCAAAGCAGCUGCUUAUGUGACCUCUCCACCUCUGAGUCCUGAUCCCACAACUCCAGACCAUCUCCACACACUGCUGGCUUGUGGAGACCUCCAGGUAGUAGGUAGCGCUCACUGUGCGUACAGCACCCUCCAGAAAGCAAUUGGUAAAGAUGACUUCACCCUCAUCCCAGAGGGAACCAACGGAGUGGAGGAGAGAAUGGGUUUUGUCUGGGACAAGGCUGUGGCCAUGGGGAAGAUGGAUGAGAACCAGUUUGUGGCAGUGACAUCCACCAACGCUGCUAAAAUCUUCAAUCUGUACCCGCGGAAGGGACGGAUAGCGGUGGGCUCCGACGCCGACAUCGUCAUCUGGGACCCUGACAGCUCCAAAACCAUCACGGCCAAACUCCAGCAGUCGGCUUCAGAAUACAAUAUCUUUGAAGGUCUGGAGUGCCGUGGAGGUCCAGUGCUGGUGCUGAGUCAAGGUCGGGUGGUUUAUGAGGAGGGCAAGCUGCAGGCUCAGCAGGGCACCGGUCGAUUUAUUCCCUGCAAGCCUUUCCCAGACUAUGCUUACCAGCGCAUUAAGUUCAGGAACCAGGUGAAGGUGAAGCAGGGUGUUACUCGUGGGAUGUAUGAUGGCCCUGUGUAUGAUGUUAUUCCUACUCCCAAAUACAUUACUCCCGCUCCGUCAGCCAAAACUUCACCCACCUCUCACCAGCCACCACCAAUACGCAAUCUGCACCAGUCCAACUUCAGCCUAUCAGGGGCACAGAUUGAUGACAAUGUCCCUCGUCGGUCUGGCCACCGUAUUGUAGCACCCCCCGGUGGUCGCUCCAACAUCACCAGCCUUGGUUAAACACUUGACUGUGCACAAAAGCGUGGUUGUUGUGGGGGUUUCACCUCUUGAGUGUGUGUGAGUGUAUGUGUAUGACUGAGAGUGUGAGCACACUGGCACGAAUGAAUACCUUUGUAUUUUUUUUUGGGGAGUACAAUGGUGACACGCUCUUUUUAGACCAUUAUGAUUUUAUCAGUCUGCCUUGAGUCCACGGUCACUGAGGAGAAGUGCAUUUAUACUUCUGAUAAAACAAGAGUGUGAUUAACAAUCAACCAAGUCAUUCAAAACCACGAAAAACUCACAGACUCAUGAUCGGGGCACUCACACACACACAGAUCUGGUGUUGGACCCCCUCCAAGCACCUAAAUGUGACCCCAGUAAUACAUCAUAAUGUUGUUGUCUCCUUUCCCGCGAGCAUGACUUCCUCCUUAAUCUUUUUCACAUCCCACGUCUUACUGUGUGAGUCUGCUCAGACAUGGUGCUCCUCUCCACCCAUCUGGUGGACAGCUGAAGAAAUAACACAUUUCUCCUGCAUCUGGUUUUCAACAUCUUGGCAAUAUUUGUUUCAAUGUGGCUCAAGUGGAUCAGUUAUACAUAUUGCAUGGACACAUCUUUAGGUGUUGCACUAGUUGUGGUUUAUUGUUACAAUGGAGGAACACUUAAAAUUGUACUCAAGGCACAUUUGUGUUGAACAGCACAAACAGUAUUCUUAUAUUGGUAAGUGUAUGCUUUGAACACAUAAUUACAUUCACUGUGGGUAGAGCCAACUGUUACCAGGUUUAAAACACAAUCAUUUAUUUUAACAUUACUGUGAACUUCAAUAAAAGCAAUGCAACUUCCACUCCACCAUCAGAUACUAUAUGCAAAUGUGUCAAUACUCUCCUAUAAAGUGUUAAGUAGAUGAGCAGUUGAAACAAACACAAAAACUGCAGAAAGAAUUUUUAGGUUGCUGUACCUAUGUAAUAGCAUUUCACAGUUAAGACUUUAUUAUGUGUGUGCUAGUUUUCUGCCAAACACCCAUGCCAGAAAUAGACCUUUGUUGUGAUGACAUGCUCAACUCACUGCUGUAAAAGGGCUUCAGCUCCCAACACCACUCUAUCAAAACUUCACUUUUUAAGCUGUUUUUAUUUCAUUGUAUUGAUUCUGGAUGUUUUCUUGGUACAUUUAGUGUUUCUAUGCCGCUCUGUUUUUGUUGCUGUUGUCUGGUGUCUCCAAUGGAACCACUAAUGAUCAAUAAAGACUUGACUGUUGUCAGAAAUUA